AUGAAUCUGAGAAGCUUUUAUGCACUGAAUCGGGUUGAAUACCUUAAAAAGCUUGCAGCAGAGCCGUGUACUUGUAACUGUCACACGGCACGCGCUGCCGAUUAUUUUGUUGUUUCUGUAGAACGAAUUGCAGUAUUUAUUAAAAAGUAUGAAUGUAAAAAGGGAAAGAGGAAAGAGGACGGAGAGAGGAAGCGCAGUGCUCGCCCAAACAUUGAAGACGGUGCGUACGUUUCUUCGUUGUUUCGCAUGUGGACAUAUGAAUCGUUCUUUGCCGACUAUCCGGACUCCAUCGCUUUUCUGGCAGUAGUUGCUGUGGCAAUAUUCACCGGCCUUGGCUCUAAAAUCUCCACCAGUUUCAAUUCUUUAUUCACUGUGAUCAACAUGCUGGUCAGUUCCGCAAUCCCGUUGUUGGGUAGUCUCAUUUCCGUUCACGCGUAA